UCCGCCUCCCCUGUAUGACUUGAAACGGCUCCCGAGAAAAAUCGCAACUCCACGCACAGGAACAAGGACCAAAGAAGGGGAAAGAGGACUCUUUCGCUUCCCUCGCAUUGUCCACCUUCGAGUAGCGCGACUGGAAAUAAAAAAAAAAGCUGCAAUGGGGCGCCCCCCUGCGUACCUGUUCGUUGUAAGGCAUGGUUACCGGCUCGACGCUGCCGACAAGCAAUGGCAUCUCACCUCCCCGACCCCAUACGAUCCCCCCCUUACAUACAGCGGCUGGCAGCAGGCGAAGAGCUUGGGUGCCCGAAUAGCUUCCAUCAUACGGGAAAGGAUCCAGGAAGAAGAGCAUAGCGCGAGCCAAAGCACAGAUGCAUCUGAUCAGACUGGGAGGCGGAAACGGAAAAGAUACGAAGUCGUCCUGCACAGCUCGCCGUUCCUCCGGUGCAUCCAGACCUCAAUUGCCAUCAGCGCCGGCCUCGCCCAGGAUUCGAGCCCCUUCGAGACCCGGAAAGCCCACGCUGCGUCCUCCGAUCCUGCCCCCUCGGCGGCAAGCGAGUCCAGGCCAACCGUUACGACGGAUUUCCGAGAUACGAAUGCGCCCGGUCCCGCUGCUGCCACUAACAAGAUCCGCAAGUCCGUUCUCCGGUUGGAUGCCUUCCUCGGGGAAUGGCUCUCGCCAAGCUACUUCGAGUUUAUCACCCCGCCGCCCGAGUCGGUCAUGAUGUUGGCCAGCGCCAAGGCCGACCUCCUUCGCCGCGAAGACUACACCCACCGCCUCACACACUCACACUCUGUAUCGCACACCCACUCCGGCUCCCAGGGCCAGCUCUGGAGCCCGGCAUCUAGGGACCGUUUCGGCUCUUCGACCAACGGGGACCAGUCCAAUGGCUCCGGCUCCGGCACAGGCACAGACCUGGCAUCCCCCCUUUCACCCGGCGGGAAUACCAACGGUCGGAGCAAUGAACACGCGCAACAAGGAAGGGGUGGUUACGUGUCCCCCGUCCCCCAUUACGCGAUCAGCAACAACCACACGAUCCCCAUGGGCUACGUCUCCCAUGCUCGGGACGCUUGUGCCAUCGUUGACUAUCAGUGGCACUCCACACGAGGCGCCCUGGAUUGGGGAGACGGCGGGACCUUCCCCGAGGAGUGGGCCGCCAUGCACAAGCGAUUCCGCGCUGGUCUGCAGAGCCUGGUCGACUGGUACUCGACAACGGAGAAGCCCACCCGGCCGGUCACCCGGAGUGCAAUGUCCGCGCACGCCGACGACAACUCGCCAGAGAGCGAAGAGGACGUCGAAACGGAAGCUAUAGUCAUCCUCGUCUCCCACGGGGCUGGGUGCAACGCCCUGAUUGGAGCCAUCACCCAUCAGCCCGUCCUGAUGGACGUCGGCAUGGCGUCCCUUACGAUGGCCGUGCGUAAACCCGACGCGGAGACGACAAGCUUCUCGGGGGAGACCAAAAACACGCCGCCCGUCCACCAGCUUUAUGACCUCCAGCUGUUCGCGAAUACCGACCAUCUGCGAUCACCCGCCGGAACCCCGACGAGCGUGCGGUCUCCUGCAAUGGCGGGCGCGACGAACGGCAUCCGGGGACGCCAUUCGUCAUUUUCCACCUCGGUCAACGGGUUUUCGUGGAAUGACGGCGGCGGCGGUGGCAGCAGCAGCAGCAGCAACAGCAGCAGCAGCCGGAGCCCCUCCACCAACAACUCCUGGAACGGAUUUCGCAAGAGCUCCCCGAACGACUCGAGCGUCCCGCGGCUCAACUUUGCCGUCAGCACCGGCGGUAUCACGGUCGGCAGCGGCGUGACGUCCUUUGCGCCGACGCGGACGUCGACCUUGGGGCGCACGGGCAGUGGUAGUCGCAGCGGCCUCUGGUCGCCCAUGGCGGACGACGAGGAAGACGACGACAUCCCGGUCCUGAACUUUGGCACCUACGGGAAGACGGCAGCCGACUCCACCGCUUCGGCAUCACCCGCCCCUGCGCCCGAGCUGAGCUCCGUGAAAACAAGCAACGGACGGGCGGAUCCCGGACCGUCAACGGACGGAAAACCUGGCGGGCCUGGCGCGGGUGGCUCACCGAAGCCGGCACCCGAGCAGUUCAGCAGUGGGACGAGCGGGCUCUGGGGCUCACCCCAGCCGCCCGACGAUGCGGACCGCUUCCGUGACCUCAGCGGCCUCAAACGGCGGUGGACGGUUACUGAGCGGAGUUAAAUAAAAGGGCAUCCAAGUCGUGAUAUCGGCCAUGCCUCUCGUCGAUCUAGGUGGUUGUCUUUCUCCUUUUGUCCUUUUUCUUUUCUUUUCUUCCUUUUUUCCCCCCUUUAUUAUCCACUGCCAAAAUAAAAUCAUGGUGGUCUAAUGCAUAUGUGGCAAACUUGGCUUGGG